GCGUGUGUGUGCGUGUGUGUGCGCGUGUGUGUGUGUGUGUGUGUGUGUGUGUGUGUGUGUGUGUGUGUUUACCAGCUCUAAUGGUAGCAGCUAGAAAACCCCACCUGUGAGAGGAUCGAACCGCCUCAUCAUGACAGAGGUCCAGACUCCAUGGCCGCAGGGCACAGAGUGUGUGGCCAGGUACAACUUCAAAGGCACAUCAGAACAGGACCUGCCCUUUAACAAAGGAGAUGUGUUGACUAUCAUUGUCGUCACAAAGGAUCCAAACUGGUACAAAGCUAAAAAUUCUGCAGGUCGUGAGGGAACAAUCCCGGCCAACUAUGUUCAGAAAAGGGAAGGUGUAAGAUCUGGAGGCAAACUGAGUCUUAUGCCAUGGUUUCACGGGAAGAUAACGCGGGAUCGGGCAGAGCAGCUGCUUCACCCACCUGAAACAGGCCUGUUCUUAGUGCGAGAGAGCACCAACUUCCCCGGUGACUACACCCUGUGUGUGAGCUGCGAUGGCAAGGUGGAGCACUACCGCAUCAUUUACCACAACGGCAAGCUCACUAUUGAUGAGGAGGGGUUUUUUGAAAAUCUCAUGCAGCUGGUUGAGCACUACACCAAAGAUGCAGAUGGCCUGUGCACCAAACUAAUCAAGCCAAAGGUGGAGGAGGGGACGGUGGCCGCUCAGGAUGAAUUUUCCAGGAGUGGCUGGUCAAUGAGCAGGAAGGACCUCAAACUGCAGCAGGUUAUUGGAAAAGGAGAGUUUGGAGAUGUCAUGGUUGGAGACUACAGAGGGACUAAAGUAGCUGUGAAGUGCAUAAAAAAUGAUGCUACAGCACAGGCCUUUAUUGCAGAGGCUUCUGUCAUGACGCAACUACGGCACGAUAACCUAGUGCAGCUGCUUGGAGUGAUAGUAGAGGAAAACGGGAGUCUGUUCAUUGUUACGGAGUACAUGGCCAAGGGCUGUUUAGUUGACUACUUACGUUCCAGAGGCCGGACAGUACUUGGUGGAGACGCUCUCCUUAAUUUUGCACUAGACGUCUGUGAAGCCAUGGCGUACCUGGAGGCAAAUAACUUUGUCCACCGAGACUUAGCAGCCCGAAACGUUCUGGUGUCAGAAGACAACAUCGCUAAAGUCAGUGACUUUGGUCUGACCAAGGAGGCCUCUUCCACUCAAGAUACUGCUAAGCUUCCGGUGAAAUGGACAUCACCAGAGGCCCUCAGAGAAAAGAAAUUUUCCACCAAAUCAGACGUUUGGAGCUACGGUAUUUUGCUUUGGGAGAUUUACUCUUUUGGCCGAGUGCCUUAUCCAAGAAUUCCAUUAAAAGAUGUAGUGCCUAGAGUGGAGAAGGGAUACAAAAUGGACUGUCCAGAUGGCUGUCCUGAAGUGGUCUAUAACAUCAUGAAACAGUGCUGGAACCUGGAUCCUGCUGCUCGACCAAGCUUUCAAAUGCUGAAGGAGUGGCUUCAACAUAUCAGCCAAGGGAUGGGAAAAAAACCGUGAGACAUCUGACAGCGAGAUCUGAAACGAAAAGUGACUUUCCUCUUCCUUCAUUUUGAUCACUCGGACCACAACCAGGGAUGAAAAAAUUGAUCUCACGGACUGUAUUUUUUGGCAAAGUUCACAACAUAUACUGUUUUCCUUAACUGUUAAAUAUGAGUGUCAGAAUGUAGGUUUCAUAGUGUCUCAGGUUGCUCAAACUGCAGUGACUCUUAGUUACUGACUCAGUUGCUCUAGUAAGUCUUGCACUCUGUUAUCAAGAGUGAAUAAUUAACUGUCAUAUCGAAGGGUGCUGUCGCAGAGCCACAGUCCCUUGGCCUGUUUUUUUUAUAUCUUUUAUGUCCUUUCCAGUAAUAUCCAUGGUCAUAUCGGCGGCUUCAUUUCAUUUUAUGAACUUUUGAACAUCAUUUGACUAAGCUGAUUGAAACUGUGGUAUCAGUUUAAAGAGGAAAGAUGCUUCAAAAGUAGAAAUGCAACUUUGACAUGUCAUAACUUGCUGUAUUUUUUUUUUUUUUUUUUUUUUUUUUUUUUUCAGUUUCCAGGUACACCUUUUUUGCAUGAAAUGGUGAAUGUUGAAUUGUUAAAAGGACUAAGUUAAAAUGACUAUAAUUAUGCAGCUUUAUUUGUUCAUGGUUAUAUAAUUUUUAAUUUGCCUACUUUUGAAUCCCUCUGUACGUCUAAAAAGAAGCACACAUUUUGACCAAUGCCAUCUUUACUACUGAUAUAACAACACCAUUCAGCUCAGUCAUCAUUCCCAUGUAUGCAAUUUUUUCAUCUGACUUAAAAAAAAAUGUUUUACUUUGCAAAUCUUUCGAUUUAAUCAAACUAUCUGGAUUUUGUAUGUAAUGAGAAAAGGAAAAUGCUAAUAAGUUUACUUUGCUGCCAUUUUCAACAAUAAAAAGUAAUUAAUUUUG